GUAUCAUUCGCACAUGUUCUCACACAUCAAAUCGUACAGAUAAGAUAAGCUUGCACCACCUUCUGCCAUAAAAAUUCUAUGUGACAGUGGGGAGAAGUGCUAUCGCAUUUACAAAACCUCAAGCUUCAAGAUUAUUCAGUCAGAAAGCAAGCCAGGAAGGUAGCAAUCAUGACUGAAACUGUGGAACAAAUUUUGGAGCAAUAUAUACCACAGAAUAAAUUGGCUGAAGUGAAACGUAUUUUAUAUGGGCAUCCAUCUACUCCAUUGGGUAUAGAAUAUGAAGAUAAAAAUUUUGAAGUAAAAGGAUGGCAGAUGCUUAGUCGAGUCCAUGAAGAGCUUCGUGCCCCACGUCUAGUUCGCGUUGGACUGAUUCAACAUAGCAUAGUAGCACCAACAACGGAUCCUAUUCAAAAUCAACGAGAUGCAAUACAUAAUAAAAUUAAAUCAUAUAUUGUACAAGCAGCUCAAUACAACGUUAACAUUCUAUGUCUCCAAGAAGCAUGGCCUAUGCCGUUUGCUUUUUGCACGAGGGAAAAGUACCCAUGGUGCGAGUUUGCUGAGGAUGCUGAAACGGGAUCUACGACUGUGUUUUUGGCUGAGCUCGCUAAAAAAUACAACAUGGUAAUAGUAUCGCCGAUUUUGGAGAGAGAUUCUGCUGACGGUGAUACUAUCUGGAACACCUGCGUGGUGAUCAACACAGAUGGUACAGUUCUUGGGAAACACAGAAAGAAUCAUAUUCCUCGUAUCGGGGAUUUUAACGAAUCGACUUACUACAUGGAAGGUAACACAGGACAUCCAGUGUUCGACACUCCCUUUGCACGCAUCGCGAUUAAUAUAUGUUACGGACGUCAUCAUCCAUUGAACUGGUUGAUGUUUGGCUUAAAUGGAGCGGAGAUUGUUUUUAAUCCAUCUGCAACUAUUCAAGGAUUAUCAGAACAUUUAUGGCCAAUCGAAGCAAGAUGCGCCGCGAUAGCAAAUAGUUAUUAUACUUGUGCUAUUAAUCGCGUAGGAACCGAGCAUUUUGCAAAUAAAUUUACUUCUGGUGAUGGAAAACCAGCGCACAACGACUUUGGAUUCUUUUAUGGCUCUAGCUAUAUUACUGCUCCUGAUGGCUCGCGAACUCCAAGUCUAAAUCGGCACAAAGAUGGACUUCUCGUUGGAGAAUUGGACCUCAAUAUGUGUCGACAUGUGAAAGAUAUUUGGGGAUAUAGGAUGACACAACGGCUCGACAUGUACGCUAAAGAACUUACUGAAUACGUUUCAAAGCGAGAUGGUAAACAAGAUUAACAACAAAAAACAAUUGUA